AUGCCUGAAGUUAUUUCCAUUUGCUUUGUUGUAGCAAUUGCAGAGGUUUACAAGAAUGAGGGUAACGAUGAAUACAAGAAGAACAAUUUCAACAGCGCCAUUUUCUUUUACACUGAAGGAAUUAAAGUGAACUGCAAGGAUGAAGAUCUUAACGCCAAACUGUAUAGCAACAGGGCAGCAGCACACUUUAACUUGGGUAAGAAGUUGCUUUAUAUUGGUUGUUUUGAUACAUGCCAUUUAUCUUUUGUCAAGUCAAAGUCAUGUCAGUAGGCAUCAACUUGCUAAGGAUUUCAGUAGUUGUUCUAUGUAUGUUGUUAAAGUAGUGCUGGACAUGCUUGGUAAUGGUUCCCUAGCUUGAUGCCAUUAUGUGGUCAUUAAAUUGUACCUUUCUCAGCCUGUGCACAGCCACCCCUCCCCUCUAUUCCUUUCUAGGCUAUUUAUUUUGUUUGUGCAUUUCUUUUGUCACAGGAAAUUACUCUGAAACAGUGAGUGAUGCUAAAAGUGCCAUUGAACUAAAGCCAUCUUAUUUGAAAGCUUUUGUGCGGGGUAAGAUGUAAUUAGUUAUGUCAAGAGAGGGACCAAUGCAAACCAUGAACCCUUGUAGGUUAGGGAUGUAUAACGUUUAUGCACUUUGAGGAUUUUAGAAGAGGCAGCGUGACAUAAAUUCCGGCUACAAGUAUGUAUAAGUCGGUUUUUUCCCACAUCAGUGGCUCUUACAAAACUGGUACAUCGCGCUGAUUUUCACAGCAAUUCAAGUACUAUUUUGUACCGCAAUUUUUUCAAGACACCAUAAUAGAACUUAUUGUGCUCUGUCCCUUCUUUGGAGACCUUGAGCCAAUAUCCUCACAGUACUGCCAGAUUCCAGAAUCUGGAAUCAAGGCACAGAAUCCAGAAUCCAAGACUGUCUUCGGUAGAUUCCCUUAUAUGGGACGAAAUGACCAGCAAAUUGGAGAUGGCACUUUGUCAGCUUCAGGGACUGGUGAUAGUUUGCCGUAAUUCUACUCAUGCAUCGAGAGCUCUGACUAGUGGAUAUUUUGGACACGCCAGCAUAAGCCACACUGUAGUAGAUGUUCCGUCUAGGCACUGCUGUUGUCGUUACAUCUGUUAAUGAUCUGAGAUUGUUUACGUUAAUUUCUACCUCCUCUCUCGCUCUCUCUCUCUUUGUUUCUCUGGUCGGGUUUCUAUAUCCUCUUUCCACCAUCGUCUUUCCGUCUUGUUUUAUUUUGAAGGCCAUGCUUAGUAAGAGUAGGGUGUUCUUUCUAUCUUCACCUUUUUGCUUUCCUUAAUAAUUAUAAUUAUCCUUCCAAAAUUUCCAAAUGGUCAUCUUUCAAAUCUGUUAGAUAUGCUUAAUCUCCGAUUACAAUUAGUGAUAGGUGUGUCCAUUUAGAAAUUUAGCCUAUUAAAAAUGUUUUAAGCUGAUGUCUGUUCUUAACCUUUACAGGGGCAAGUGCCUGUGUACAGUUGAAAAAGUUUAAGGAAGCCAAUACCUGGUGUGAUAAGGGUUUGACAGUAUCCUUUACUGGAAUUGUCAUUUUAUUGUUAUUUCUGGCAUUAAAAAUUCCUUUAACAUGGAAAACGUGUUUUUUUUAAGGUCCAGGGGAAGGUCCUGUUCUUUUUACAGUUGCAGCAAGGGUAUCAGUGUGUAUUUCAACUGGGAUAUUGCUCCACAAGCUUGUUCAAGCGAAGCGAGGGCGCAAAGUGAUUUAUAAUCUUGUCAUCUGCAAAGCCUGCACCCAUAACGUGGCCCACGCCUGGAUCCUAGCGAGCUGCAAACCCACAGCACCCACCUAUAUAGUUGUUUAGUAAAAUCCAACUAGUGGUCGAUUAUCAAUGCUGCUUUCUGAUUGGUUGAGCUACUACUAGGCUAUAUCAGAAUACUGCGUUUGGAAUGGUUGAGCUACUUCUAGGGUAUGUCAGAAGCAUAUAACCCCGAAUUGGGGUUAUAUGCUUCUGGCUAUAUGUUAUAGCCCACUAGUAGCGAAAAGUGCUGGCUUUUUGGCAGCAAAAAAGGAUUAAACUAGAUAAAAAAUUUUUAUUCUCGAUAUUUUUGACCAUCCAGUUGGAUUUUACUAAAACAAUUUUUCCUCUCGCCCCCAUGGCCUCUAAGCCUUCGGCCUCAUUGUUUAUAGUAUCAUACAUAAGAAGGCAAAGCCGUUUGUCCCUCCUCUUGGCUAUCGUGUGGCUGUUAUCCCAAUUAAGAAAUCUGCUGAUCCGUGGGAGGUAAUUAUACAGGCUGCUCUGUUUUGCAGUUUGUGAAUUUUGCUUGCUAGCCCUUUAUUCGGGUUACCGCAGACAGCAUAACAGUAGUCAAAGACUGGCUGAAUUAAAGAACUGUAAAUUGUUUUUAGUACAUAUUGAGAACUGAACAAAAUCGCGAACCUGCCUAAGAACACUUAUGGAAUGACUCAUACCCAGGAGGUGUAAAAUGUGGCACUUAACUCAAAAUUGACUUAUCUUUACUCAUUUCUAAAAAAAAUGCUUUUUUAUUGUGAUAUUUCUUUCUUUUUGAUGCUUAAACCGGUAACGAAAAGAAGCAGAAGAAGCACGCCAUAUCACGAAACAUUUUCUGCCAUGUGCGACGUUUGUAGAAAACCGGUCAAACUGUUCUUGUGGAGUACAAAUACCUUGUGAUAUUAAUUUGUACUCGUUUUGGGUGUUAUUUGUACUAUACUGUGUGAAGUUGAAUAAUAAUUCUAUGGGGGUUGCUUUGUCCCCAUCACGCAUAAGUCGUCACAUGACUAAAGAGAAUAUAUUUUAAGUUUAUAAGCUGUCUCUUAUUUAUGUAAAUUAUUUAACAACUUAACCAGUAUCAAGAUUGACCCGAACAACCAGACGUUGCUGGAGUUACGAGAAAGGGUUUUGGGAGAAAAAAGGACAUUGCAAGAGAGCGACGGGAAAAAGGUAAACAAGAGGAAAAGAUUUGCGAUUUCAAACUUUUUUGUUAGGGUAAAAAUGUGGAUUCAUUGGGUUUUAAAUUUGUUAAAUGGCGCGUGGACUACAAGACUAUAAAACUGGAUUUCAACCGUUUUGAAUAAGUUUUUCUGAUUUAAAUCUGUGCAAACGUUAUAACCAGCAAUGUUUAUUCUCAGUUCAAACAGUAUAACUCUUGUAUAUAAUUAUUGCAACAGUGUACCCAGGGGCACCCAACGAGGAUAUAGUUCAAAACCACUUAACAUAGCAUUGUUGAACGUAUUUUAGUAUUCAAACGGUAGAUAUAGGCAUAUUUUCAUCCCCUAAAAACUUUUCAUCUGUUCGGAUUUCCUAGCUGAAAAUCUAGUGAUCCGAAAAUUAUAGGGAUAAAAACUUACCUUCUCGAAAAUUUCAGCCAGGAAAAGGCUCCGCUUUUAAGAUCCACCGGUUUUUUAGGGUCAAAAUCCGUUAAAAAUGAGUAAUUAUACCAUUUUGUAGAUGUUCGAAAAUCCUAGGAGAGGCAGGCAAGCAAGAAAUUUUACAACAAAUGCUCCGAAAAUUUUAGAUCUCAAAUCGUCUUCCGAACAGAUAUUUUCCCCAAAAAUUGCCGCUGGGUGCCCCUGUGUACCUCAAGAAAUUUAUGUACGCCUAUUAUAUGUACCCUCGAAUUUUCAUCUUCUAGAAAUAAUUUUUCAGCUCCGUCACUGAACAACUGGACCUUUCUCCUGUUCAAAUACCAACCGUUUGUAGUUUUCAGUUUUGACAUUUUGAGGAAUCCUGAGCAAAGGAAACUCGAAUUCUAUUGCACAGCUUUCUUUGUAAAUUUCCGAAAUUCAUUUGCUUGACUGACAUUUAAUUUUGAGUCAUUUAGUUUAACAUAUAAACUUUAAAAGCUGAAUUUAUCCAGGUUUGUUUUCAGUUUUCAGCUGAUUUCAUUCAGCCUUUUUUCCAUUUGUUUUGUGAUUGUUUUGAUCGGUUAGUAUAAACAGAGCACUGUUAUCGCUGUUUUUAUAUUUUGGAUUCACAUGCAUGUAUGAUUUACGUCUGCACGAGCUGCAAAUUAAGCCGUUGAAGUCCACGUUCGAGUGCUGUCCUGUUUUCCAGUUGAAGCAGAUCCUAGUACCAUAGAGGGGCCAAGUUCCAAUCUUGUUAGUCAAGCGAGUCACAGAGUUAAUUUUCCUCAUUUGUUGUUCACACGACAUACGGAAGGGUAAAAAAACUUAUCGUCAGAUUUUUGCAUGUGUGUCGUUUGAGGGGCAAUCUCGGUGAACUUAACAUGCCGUACAGUAGGCCGGACACACAACCACUUUUCUUUGCAAGUGAUUUUAUCUGUUUUAGGCUGGCUAUAAGACAGCCCUAACGCAGAUAAAAGGUCUACUUUUCCAGGUAUUCAAGCUGACAAACACUCACACUUACAGAUGAAAAUAGAGAAUACAUGAAAUUCAUAUAUAGGAACUGCGCGAUGAAGAUUUACUUAAAGUAAAUGUAAGAAAGGUCAUCGCAGUUAUAAAUGCAAUUUUGCGACUUCCGAAAAACAGCCCGAAGAUAUCCGUGCUCGUACGGGAUUCAAAUACACCCAACCAUACUGACUGUGUGCUUCAGUUUAGUUGAGCAUAAGUCGAGUCAUCCGGGCUGACUUGGUUUCCGAUAUAUUGGCUCAAUCUGGAAGGUGGGAUAGCCCUAUUAUGGCGUCCCAGUAUCUCUGAUCGUAAGCUCUAUUGUCCAGCUGGCUAUUAUUUCAUAUAAACAUUUAUUGUGCGCAAUUUGUUUCACAGAGAAAUGGCCAGACGGCUGAAACAUCGGGGGACAAUAAGGCAUAUGGUAAUCUUGGCAGUGCCUAUGACAGUCGAGGACGUUUUAAAGCAGCCGUGGACUACCAUGAACGUAUCCUGGAAAUUUCGAGAGAAUUAGGUGAUAAAUGGAAUGAGGGAGCUUCGUAUGGCAAUCUUGGCAACGCCUAUUAUAGUCUAGGAGAUUUUAAAACAGCCAUACACUACCAUAAACGUCGCCUGGAAAUUGCAGAAGAAUUGGGUGACAGAUCAGGGCAGGGAAAGGCGUAUUGUAAUCUUGGCAACGCCCAUAGCAGUCUGGGAGAUAUAAAAACAGCCAUAGACUACCAUGAGCGUCACCUGAAAAUUGCGAAAGAACUGGGCGACCGAUCAGGGGAAGGAGCCGCGAACGGCAAUCUUGGCAACGCCCAUCACAGUUUAGGGGAUUUUAAAACAGCCAUAGACUACCAUAAACGUCACCUUAAAAUUGCAAAAGAACUGUGUGAUAGAUUGAACGAAGGAAAAACGUAUGGCAAUCUUGGCAAUGCGCUUUUAAGUCUGGGAGAUAUUAAAACAGCCAUCGACUAUCAUGAACGGAACCUGAAAAUUGCGAAAGAAUUCCAUGACAGAUCAGGGGAGGGAAUCGCGUAUGGCAAUCUUGGCAUUGCUUAUUCUAGACUGGGAGACUUUAAAACAGCCAUAGACUACCAUAAACGUGAUCUGAAAAUUGCGAAUGAAAUGGGUGACAGAUCAGGGGAAGGAGCUGCAUAUAGCAAUCUUGGCGACGCCUAUCACGAACUGGGAGAUUUUAAAACGGCCAUUGACUAUCAUAAACUUCACUUGAAAAUUACGGAAGAACUGGAUGACAGAUCAGGGAAAGGAGUCGCGUAUGGCAAUCUUGGCGACGCUCAUCGCAGUCUGGGAGAUUUUAAAACUGCCUUAGACUAUCAUGAACGCCAGCUGAAAAUUGCAAAAGAGGUGGGCGAGAUACAAAGGGAAGGAGCUGCGUAUAGUGGUCUUGGUAACACCCAUGCCAGGCUGGGAGAUUCUCAAACAGCCAUUGACUACCAUGAACGUCAUUUGCAAAUUGCGAAAGAGUUGGGUGACAGAUGGGGAGAAAAGGCCGCGUACAACAAUCUGGGCAACUCCUAUGACCAACUAGGAGAUUUUAAAGCAGCCAUAGGCUAUCAUGAACGUUGCCUGCAAAUUGCGAAAGAAUUGGGCGACAGGUCAGGGGAAGGAGGCGCGUAUGGUAAUCUUGGAAAUGCCUUUGAAAAUCUAGGAGAUUUUACAACAGCCAUAGACCACCAUGAGCGUCACUUGAAAAUUGCGAGAGCAUUGGGUGACAGAUUGGGUGAAGAAUACGCGUAUGGCAGUCUUGGCAAGGCCCAUGGCAAACUCGGAGAUUUUAAGACAGCCGUAGACUACCAUGAACGUUGCCUGCAAAUUGCGAAAGAAUUGGGUGACAGGUCGGGGGAAGGAGGCGCGUAUGGUAAUCUUGGUAACGCCCAUGGUAGUCUGGGAGAUAUUAAAACAGCUAUAGACUACCAUGAACGCCACCUAACCAUUGCGAAAGUAUUGGAAGACAGACCAGGGGAAGGAUCCGCUUAUGGCAAUCUUGGUAUCGCCUAUCAAAGUCUGGGAGACAUCAAAACAGCGAUAGACUACUAUAAGCGUCACUUAAAAUUUGUGAAAGAAAUGGGUGACAGGUCAGGGGAAGGAUCUUCUUAUGGCAAUCUUGGCAGCGCCUAUUACAGUCUAGGAGAUUUUAAAACAGCCAAAGACUACCAUGAACUUACCCUGAAAAUUGCGAGAGAAUUGGAUGACCCAUUACAAGAGGGAAAAGCGUGUAUAAAUCUUGGUUCUAAUUUUGCUUGUUUAGGCCAAGUUCCAGUGGCCAUUGAAUAUUACGAGCUCGCUAUUGCUUUAUUCAAUAAUAUCAGAGAUCGUCUUCAAUUGAACGACGAGUGGAAAAUAAGCUUACGUGAUCAGUACCAAAGACUAUACACUGCACUUUGGUGGCUGAAAUUAAAAGAAGGGGAGGUUACGGAGGCUUUGCUUUCUGCCGAAAAAGGACGGGCACAGGGGUUAAAAGACCUUAUGGAAUUAAAUUAUGUAUUUAAAGAGAAUGAUGCGGAAUUGAUUAAGGAAAGCAGAACCUUUCAUGAACUGUUCAAUAGCCUUCCUCCUAAUACAAUAUUUAUGGCGAUUGUAGAGAAGGAAUUAAUUCUAUGGGUCUGUCAGCCCGGAAAAGAGGUUGAAUUUAGAAGAAAGGAAGUCAGUUGUGAAUAUGAGAUCAACAGUUUUUUUCAGUCUCUUUUGGAGAAAAUUAGUGCAACAGACAAUGUGCAGUGUGAAGAUCGUUCACUUGAAUUGACGAAGGAUAAAAGAUUGGCAGAUAAAGGAUCACCUAAAUGUGAUAGACAAACUCAAGACUUGCACUCUCAAGAAAGAGCCUUGAGCACACUGUACGACACUAUCAUUGAUCCUAUCCAAGAUCUUUUGUCAGGCAGUGAAGUCAUAUUCGUCCCAGAAGGUCCACUUUGCUUAGCUCCUUUUGCUGCAUUUAUGGGCCCAGACUCCAAGUACCUUUGCGAAUCUUUCAGAAUUCGCGUGGCUCCAUCCCUCACCAGCUUAAAAAUGAUUGCGGAUUGUCCGGUAGAUCAUCAUCUCACAUCGGGUGUGCUUCUCGUCGGUGAUCCGUGGGUGCAAGACGUGACGACGCUACCGCCGUUGCCAUUUGCCAGAGAAGAAGUACAGAUGAUUGGUAGAGUGCUUGGUAGUACGCCUCUUAUUGGAAGACAGGCCACAAAGGAUGAGGUGUUAAAACGACUCGGCUCAGUUGCUUUGGUCCACUUCGCUGCACAUGGCAGCAUGGAAGCAGGCGAAAUUGCCUUAGCACCCAAAAAUGGUGAGAUGGAUUUUAUUCUGACGAUGAAAGAUGUAAAACGUGUUCAGAUACGUGCAAGGUUGGUUGUACUCAGUUGCUGCCACAGUGCUCAUGGCGAGAUCAAAGCAGAGGGUGUAGUCGGCAUAGCACGGGCAUUUUUAGGUGCUGGUGCUCGCUCUGUUCUUGUAUCAUUGUGGGCGAUUGACGACAGGGCCACUCUUGAGUUUAUGAAACAUUUCUAUCAGCAUCUUGUGGAAGGAAAAAGUGCUAGUAAAGCCCUUAACCAAGCAAUGAAUUGCAUGAGAGAAUCCAGAGAAUUUAGCGCCGUAGAUCACUGGGCACCGUUCGUUCUCAUUGGUGAUGACGUCACAUUGGAAUUUGGUGGGAGCAAAUAG